GGUGUGGCAGAUGAAUCUCAGUUGUCCUGACAGAAGGUACGGUCACUCGAUUCGGUCAGUUAGUUCGGGAAUUGCUCUGGACGAAGAAGGAUCAGUUGGAAGACAAGAAAACUCGAUCGAAGAUGUCUUUCGAAAUGUUAUCGCACCCACCUGGGCCCGAAGCUAGGGCCCUAGCCGAGAAAGAGCUCAGGGAAACCGAAGAGAAUGUGAAGAACGGCAUCGUGGGGCUGAGAAAAUUGAUCGAAGAGGAUAAGACCAUCCAUUACUCCACCGAUGAUGACUUUCUGAUGAUUUUCUUGCGACCAUGCAAAUUUUACCCGCAGAGUGCAUAUGAACUCAUGAAACGCAUCGCGGAUUUUAGAGACAAGAAUUCAGUUUUGUACCACAAUCUGAUGCCGAGCGAUGAAAGAGACGCCUUCACUAAUUAUAAUGUCGUUAACGUUUUGAAGGGCGUAGAUCACAAAAAUCGCAGAGUGAUGAUAGUUCAAUCUGGCAAAACUUGGGAUCCAUCUAAGGUCACAAGCGAUCAGAUUUUGAGAAUGUUCUAUCUUGUGCAUCUAAUGGCCAUACAAGAGCCGGAAACGCAGAUAUAUGGAGUUGUUGUCAUAAUGGACUUCGAUGGUCUAGCCAUGAAACAAGUCAAGGGAAUGUCGCCAUCCUUUAGCUUAAAGCUCCUAAGUUUUAUUCAAGAAGCAAUGCCAUUGCGUUUGAAGGAGGUUCAUUUUGUGAAACAACCAUUUUUGUUCAAUAUGGUAUGGACAAUGUUUAAGCCAUUCGUUAAGGAUAAACUGAGGAAGCGCAUGUUCUUUCAUGGCAACAAUAUGUCUGCUCUUCAUAAUCACAUCCCCGCGAGUCAUUUGCCGAAAAAUUAUGGUGGUGAUUUACCUGAAAUCGACUACAGCGGUGCCGAUUGGUAUCCAAUAAUGUUAACCGUCGAAAAUAAAGUUAAAGAAUGGAACACGUAUGGAAAUGUCAAGAAAUAAGCUAAAUUUUCAGAUAGUCAUCCUAAUAAUAUAAUAUUAUUAAACGCCUUUUGAACUUUGGAAGAUGUUACAUGCGAUAUGUAUUUUUGUAUUUAGAUUAUAUAUAUAUA